UUCAUAGCUGACGCCAUCACGUUGUUGUCGCUUUACUUCUUGUAUUGGGACAAUGGCGGAGAACGAUUUGGAUUUAUACGCUGAUGAUAUAGAAGAUUUCGCACAGGACGAUUUUGGAGGUGAUAACGUUGAUCUCUAUGAUGAUGUUAUUUCAACUCCAGCUACUGGAGGUGGCCCAAGUGGAGAUGCGGCUGAAGCUGCGCCGCCUCCAGCAAAUAAUUCAAAUGCAGAAGAGACAAAUGGGGCCACAUACCCACCAGCUGGGAAUAAUGUAUCAACAGGAACUUUAGGAAGAAGACAUCAACUUUACGUUGGUAAUUUAACUUGGUGGACAACCGAUCAAGACAUUGCAAAUGCAGUUCAUGAUGCUGGUGUAAAUGACUUUCACGAAGUAAAAUUUUUUGAACAUCGCGCAAAUGGUCAAUCAAAAGGGUUUUGCGUCAUUUCGAUGGGUUCGGAAACAAGUAUGAGGUUAUGUUUGGAUCGUCUACCAAAAACUACGAUUCAUGGGCAAGCUCCUAUUGUAACCCUUCCUACGAAACAGGCUCUCAGUAACUUUGAAAGUCAGUCAAAAACUCGCCCUAAUCCUCCAAAUAACGCCAACUCACGCGGUCAACAUCCCGGGCAAGCUAACCAUCCUAUUCCUUCAGGUCCUCAUCACCACCACCAUCAGAAUUUCCAACCCCGUAUGCAAAUGAACUCUCCAAUGCGCCACGGAGGCCCCAUGAAUGCUGUUGUUGGUAUGUCUGUAGGCCCUAACGGUCCUCCACCUCCUCCUCGUAUGCAAGGUGGGCCUCCACCUCCCCCACCAUUUAAUGGACCCCCUCAAAUGGGUCCGGGUGGUCAACAAAUGCGUUUCCAACAACCUCAAUGGAAUGGACCACCCAGACCUAAUAUGGGACCUAUGCCACCACAACAAAUGAGAGGACCUUUACCACCACCAGGACCUGGGCAAGGUCCUGGACAUCCUAGACCACCUAUGCAGUUUCAAGGGCCGCCACAAGUACAGGGUCCACCGAGGGGUAUGCCAGGUCAGGGACCACCAGGUGGUGGCGGGCCGCCCGGUCCGGGUGGACCGCCGCGACCUGAUUGGAACCCGCGCCCGCCCCCGAUGCAACCCGGUUUUCCACCGCAAGGCGGGGGCCCACCCGGCCAUCAUCCGGUGGGCCAGGGCGGUCCGCCGCCCGGAAUGGGCGGACCGCGUGGACCGCCCGGUCCGCCCCAAGGGCCACCACAAGGCCAUCCGCCGCAGGGUCCCCCCGCGCCCCACGUAAACCCAGCCUUCUUCCAACAGCAGCAGCAACAGGGCGGCGGAGGUGGCGGCGGCGGACCCCCACCGCCUCAAUUGAACCAUCACCACCAUCACCAUGGCAUGCAAUCGGGACCGGGAAUGGCCCAGGGACCUCCGAUGGGCCCCAAUUCGAUGCCACACGGUUAUAACAUGCCUCCGAAUAUGACGCAAUCGUAUCCAGGACCGAUUAACGAUCACCCACAAAUUUCCGAACAGGAAUUUGAGGAUAUCAUGUCUAGAAAUCGAACGGUUUCAAGCUCAGCAAUCGCAAGAGCUGUCUCAGAUGCCGCCGCUGGUGAAUAUGCAAGCGCAAUAGAAACUCUAGUGACAGCAAUUUCCCUGAUUAAACAGUCAAAAGUAGCGAACGAUGACAGAUGUAAAAUCUUAAUUAGUUCGUUACAAGACACACUCAGAGGUGUUGAGGAUAAGAGUUACAGUUCUGGAAGGAGGGAUAGAUCGAGAUCCAGAGAUCGACAUCGAAGAGGACGACGAGAUCGAUCCCCUUCUAGAUACAGAGAAAGAAGUCGCGAUAGAGAGAGGGAUCGCGAUAGGGACAGGGAUAGAUAUUAUGCUGACAGCUAUAGGGAAAGGGAAAGAGACAGAGAAAGGUCCAGAAGUCGUGGAGGAGAUCGUGAAAGAGACAGAGAAAGGGAUUAUCGUGAUAGAGAUGCUGAAGAUAGUUCUUCGCGAGUAUCACGAUCGCGAAAUAAAUCACCACCGGAAGUUGUUGAUCCAAAUGCAGAACCAUCAAGUAAAUCACGCGGUGGUGGUGGAGGAGGCUAUUAUGACGAUCGUUAUCGGGAAAGAGACUCAACAAGAAGAGGUGAUCCAGAGCGGGAAAGGGAUCGUGAAAGGGAACGCGAUCGAAGGGACGAAUCUCAUCGUUCCAGACAUUAACAACUUUUGAAAAUACAAAAAUUACAUAAAAAAUAGAGUUUUGAAUUUAAACAAAUAAUAAUGAGAAGUCAAAGAAGAUUGAGUUAGUUUUUAAGUAAUGUUCGUUUAUAUCUAUUAUAUGUUAUAGGUAUUAAUUAUCUUGAAUAACUAAGUAAAAAAAAAGAGGAAGAAUUAGAAAUAUUCUUUUUUAUGUGUAUGUGGCUAGGAUGUUUAAGAAGUAGAUUUCUGUCUAGUUUUGGUAUUAAAUACGAAUUAGUUUAAAACUGCCGAAAUCUUUUUAGCAAGACUAGUUUUUUAGGAUGGAAAGAAUUGAUUUGGUGAAGAAAGAAUUUUGAAGAAACGAAGGUGGAAAAGAAGAAUGUAUGAUGUUUCAUAAAAAUUAGUGUAUUUAAAAAAAAUGAACUGACUUUUUUAUUUUUUAAGUUUAAAUCUCCUCCCUUUUUUAUACAUAAUGAUAAUUACUAAGUCUUUUUUUACAAAUUGUAUAUAUUAGUGUAUAUAAAAAGAAAUGAACAUUUUUUAAAAUGUGAAAACAAUUAGGUUAUAUUUAACCUAGUUACAAAGGUGAUGAUUUUUUAAAGACUUUUUGGUAAGUUGUACAUAUUGAAUGUUUUAAGAAGGCUUAAAUUUACCAAUUGAACCAUUAUUUAUGUAUUUUUAUAAAAUUUCGAAAAAAUAGAAUUAAAUUUUAAAUAAGACACUUUUCGAGGUUAUGUUGGAGAACUAUUACCAAUCUGAUUUUGGUGAAAAAGAAACUUACGAUAUACAAAUUUCUUUUUUAAUUUUCUUUUUACAAUGUAAAUUUAAACAUUUGAGAUUUUACUUCUGAGGAUUAAAUCGACACUACUAAUUAAAUCGAUAAAAUCAA